AAAUGCAUCGCAAUGCCUUCUAGCUGGAUUCAUUUGCUGGGACUGCUGGCCCUGUUUCUUUGCACGAUCUUAUCUUCUGGAGAUGCCUCCCCCUUCGACGAGAGACGCCACAGAGGAUGGAAUCCACGCCCAGGAUCAAUGCCGCAGAUUCCCACCACACCACCUUUUAAUCCAUACGGAUAAGGUGCCAUCUAAUUAUCUAAGAACUAACUAAAAAUAUAGAUCAAUUCUUAAUCGUUUACAAAUAUAUAAAAUGCAUUUAGAUGGACUACAAAGAAAUGUCUAAAAAUGUCACAUAUUGAAUGUA